AUGGCGAUGAUUAAUAAAUAUUCAAGUCCAUCAAUUCGCGGGCAAGCCGAUCUUUUCAGUUUGCCUGCGACCGAUACCACCGUCGAAUCGAGCUUUUUCGCCGAAUAUAAACCAGUGGUUAAUAUUCAGGAUAGCGACGCUAAGAUAGAAUUCAGAAUUGUAGGAAAUUCUUCACAGUACUUAGAUUUAUUCGAUCAUUUUUGCUAUUUCCGUGUAAAAAUAAUCUGCGGGGACGGAAAAGAUCUACCUGGCGAUGCUGACGUUAGUACAGCAAAUUUGUUCAUGCAUUCACUCUUUACGAAUUGUGAUGUUAGUAUCAAUCAACAAUUGGUGUCUACGAGUAAUAAUUGUUACAUGUACAAGGCAUAUAUGGAAACUCUAUUGAGGUUUGGAAGGGACUACAUUAAUUCUCAGGGAACUUGUCCCUUAUUUAUCUUAGAUACCGAGGAAGGAAAACUGGAUAAAGCAAACACUGGAUAUGAGGGAAGAAAAAAAUAUAUCGCAUCCUCGAGCCCUCUCGAGCUAAUUGAUAAAUUAAAAUUUGAUUUGUCCUAUCAACAACGUUAUAUAUUAAAUGACACCACUGUAAACAUUAGCUUAACACGGGCCACAGAACUGUUCUCAUUACUUUACCCAGGACCUAAAAGUGGGGAUCCUGAUCUGAACCCAAAGAUAAAAUUUUUGGAUGCAAGUUUAUUUGUGAGAAAACAUGUCCUUUAUCCUAGUAUCGUCCUCUCUCAUCAAAAACUCUUAGAUAGUGGCCAGAGUGCCAGAUAUCCUUUUAAAAAAUCUGAUGUAAAAUUCUUUUCAAUUCCGAAAUCGAGUCAAUCCUUCAUUGAAGAAAAUGUUUUCAUGAGCACUGUUCCGUCCAGAAUUAUAUUGUGUCUCGUCCCUAGUUCGGGUUUUAUUGGCGAUUAUAAAAUUAAUCCUUUUGUGUUUAAGAAUUAUAAAAUUAAUUUUAUUUCCUUGUCGGUAAAUAAUGUGCCAAUCCCAAUUAGAGGUUUAAAUCUCGAUUUCGAUAAUAAUGCGUAUUUACUACCGUAUUAUAUGCUAUUUUGUUCGCUUGGAAUUGCCGGACAAGAUCAAGGAUUAACAUUUGACCGGAAGAAGUUUGCUGAAAUGUUUACAUUUUUUGCUUUCGAGAUAAACCAUAGUGCGGAUUCGACGUUACAUCUAGAAAAAACUGGGUCAGUACGAGUAGAAAUAAAAUUCCCCUCAGCAGUUCCAGAAGCAGUUAAUUGCUUAGUAUACUCUGAGCAUCAACGUGUUCUCGAAAUAGAUAAGUUUCGACAAAUCAGCGUCCAGUAA